AUGGAAGACGCUGAUGGCAUUGACUGCAAUGAGCAAAAGCCGCCAGAAUUCACAAACAAAAUCAACCAUGAAGCUAAACUCAAAGAAAUCCUCCGAAAUCUCACUUCCGUUGAAUCAAAACUCUGUUCUGAUGCCUCAAAAGAGUUCAUCAAACUUCUCAAGUCCGAGUCUGGGCCAGAAUUCCUCCUAGCUUACAUUCAAACGUCGUCCAAGCUUGUUGAGAUUUUCCAAGCCUGGAAUGCCCGGAAAGAAAAAUCUGGGUUUUCAUACCUGUUAAGUUUGAUUUCCGUGAUUUUAAGCCACCCCAGUGGGAUGAUUGAUAACUUGGAUGUUAAUAGUGGUGUUAAUAUUGGGCGGGCAUUGGAUAAGUUUGCUCGAGUGAUAAUUGAGGAGAAGAUGAAGGAUUUGUACAAGGAGCUGAAUAGUAAAGAGGUAAAGAGGCAGAAUUCCGUGCUCCUGUUGUUGGCCUCGAUUAUAAGGCGUAGUUCUCAGAUGGCGUGGGAAGUGGCAAAGAGUUUUGAUUUUAAGCUAACUAUUUUUCCAAAACUUGCCGAAGUCAAAUUGAGGGCAAAAAGAUUUGAGGAGAGAAGGAAGAAAUACUCAACAAGGAAAGCAUAUGUGGGGUUUGCGAUGGCAUUUUUGGAGGUUGGAAAUCCGAGGUUGUUGAGGGGGAUUUUGCAACAGAAGGAGAUGUAUUCAGGGGUGUUGAGGGGCCUGGGAAAUGAUGAUGAGGAGACUGUGGUUCAUGUUCUCUCAAUAUUGCGCCACAGGGUGCUAGUGCCCGAGUCUUCGGUGCCUCCGGGGCUUAGGAGUGUGUUGUUUGGUAGCGUUACUUUGGAAAAGUUGGUUAGCAUUUCAGGGAGGGCUGAUUUUGGGGAUGCUGCGGCACUGGCUCACAGUGUGCUGAUUACGGUCUGUACUAAUCCUGAGAACGGCUUGAUGCCGGAUUUGGACAGACAGCCAAGUCCUUUGAGAGGGAAUCCAAAACGACUUUUGGGUUUGAUGAAGAAGUUGAAGGCAACUGAAGUUGAGUACCACAAGGAUCUGCUUCUGGCUAUUGUGAAUGGAAGACCGUCACUUGGUUCUGCAUAUUUGGAUGAGUUCCCUUUCAACCUUGAAGAUCUCGCAUCACCUAACUGGUUUGCUGCUAUUUCUUUGGCUGCAAAUGUGGUAUCCUCAGUGAGUGAUGGGAUUGCUUUUAGUUUUGUCGAUUCUCGAGAUCCACCUACAUUCGACAGUCCAUACGUGCAAAAUAUAAUGAAAUGUAUAAGCCCACGACCUUUUUCUAGAUUAGUAAUAAAUAAAGGGUUACUUCACUCUGAUUCUCUUGUAAAACACGGAACUUUGAGGCUUGUACUGGAGGAAUUGAAGGUUUUGGAGUCUUUAAUGAGCUCUUUGGAGACAUGUUAUUCAAAGAAUCAAAUGCUGCAUAGAUGGACGGUUCUAAAGCAAGACAUUCAGAAUGAAGUCCGUGUUUUGCUUCCUGAUCCCCAAGUUCUUUUGUCAUUUUUGUCUUUUAUGAAUAGUCACUACAAGAAUCUCUGGUCUCUUUCAAAGAGAAAAGCUGAAUCAGUUCUUAAGUCAGAACAUACUAGGAAUGGUAGGAAAAAGUUGAAAGCUUCUACUGCAAACGAGGAUGUGGACAUUCUUGUAGGUGGGAUUAAUUCUUUUCCCGAGUUAAAUUCAUCUGGGGACAGUGAAGGGGUUCUGGAUUCAAGUGAUGGGCAUCAGUCUAGUAAUGGAAACGAUUUUGUGAAGACUAUUGGAGAUAUUUGGGGUUUGCGUCAAUGCUCCUUGAUAGACAUGGCUCUAAAAGAAGGGGAAACAUAUUUUUACUCCAAGCUGCUUAAUGUACUUCAAAUCUAUCUUAGGACCAUGCCUGCAGCUUUUGAGGGGUCUUUUGAUUUCUUUAAAGUUCUACCAAGUAAUCCCGUAUCACUACCACCUAUUCUGCUGCAGUCCUUAUUACCACUGCUUAUUCAGCAUGUUGGUUGGUUUUCUAAAUACAGGACUCAGAUUAGAACCCAGGCACAAAUGUAUAGGCAUCUACAUCCAUUUCUGAGCUUGUUAAUUUAUUCACCAAUUAGGGAGAUAAAAGAACAAGCUUAUAUUCUGGCACAAGCAGCCAUGUUAAGUACUGGUGCAUUUGACAAUAACGCAAGGGAAAUUUUUGCUUGGUUCUUCUUUAUACCAGGCUAUAACAGCAACAGUAUUAAUGUUGAAGAACCAGAGGUUGAAAUCUUACAACAGCUGUCUUCAACUAUUGUUUCUUUUUUAUGUGAUGCUGUUUCAACAAUUGGAAAUAACUUAUUUAAAUACAUGGACCUCUUGAGGCAAUAUACCUAUGAUUCAGAAGGUGGUAAAGAUUUAAUUCCUGAAUUUAGCCCUUUCAUUAUUUGUAUCUUGGAGAAGUGCCUGCGCUUGCUUAGUUCUGGCUCUGGUGCCUUCACAUUACCCCAAAAGACGCUGAUAUCGUUGUACACGUGUUGCACAAUCAAAUAUAUAAUGGAUACUCAGGUAGAUGCUGGCCCAUUAUCGUUUCUUAUUGAUCGUUUGUUAUCUGAGAAGUUGGCGAGUUCUAGCUGCAAGGUUGAUGUCUUGGAUCUUUCGGCCUGCCCGUGUGAGUGGAGGCCGUUGACGACCUUAUUGCUUUUUUCACGAACUAUUUUUCAGCGACAAACAUAUAAAAUUUCUUCAAUUCUUGGGGAAGUUAUGCAUUCUGACAGUUCCUUUGUCAGUUCUCUCGAGGAUGUUAAAAGAAUUAUGAAUAGUGAGUAUGGUAUUGGAUUGGUUGGAUUAACUCUGGGGUUUUCCUUUUCAAUGAUGUGCACGUCACCUGCUGAGAUAUUAUGGAAUUUCCCAUCAGUCAUAUCUAUUGCAAAUAACUUGCUUGGGGCCACUUUCUUAGUCUUGUCGUCUAUAUUUUUUCUUCAAUCAAGUUUUUUUACUGAUGUUUCUAAAUUGUGGCCUGAAAUGUUCACUGCUGGUCUGGAAAGUGUUAGAGUGCGUGGUGAAGAAAGAAAUGAUGAGAUGAUUCAAAAAGUUGAUCUCAAUUCAAUGGAAGCCGAUUCCGCUGCAUUUUCUCUCUAUUUAGAAAAAGCUCCAUUUUAUGUGCUCUUUUCAGCCACUGCACACAGCAAGGAUUCACAUUUGUUCAAGCACCCGAAGCUGCAAAAACUUCUUCUGGCUAAACUAUCAGAGAUGCCCCCUGAUCAUUUGAUUUCUUCUUUCUGCAACUUACUUUUCUGGAUCAAUCAGGCAAAAUCAUCCUACAUUGUUAGACAAUUGGAUGAACUUGAGAUGCUUUCUGAAAUGUGCUUUACUCUUGCAGAGCACUCACUGAAACAAAUAUUUGUUGAAAAUACAAAUAAUUUUUCUUCAGCUUAUAUUCAGGCUCCUUUACAACUACAGUAUGCUGCAGAGGUUGCAGAAAUUAUCUUUAAUCAUCCUUCAGUGACAGCAUUACUGAAAUUGCCUUUUUCUGGUAAUGUAGAUUGUUCGGAUUCAGUUUUUGGGGACACUUCGGAAAUACUUCUACAAGUAGCUAAACAAGGAGUUCAUAUGAUGAACCAUCAUCUCCUAAAUUUAUUAGGAACAACUUGCGAGCUUUUGUUUUCUAGGUGCAAUUGUCCAAGAUCUCAAUUGGAGGAUAGUCAUGCUAAUAAGAGGAUAGCAAAGGCAUUCAAAGGCCUAGCACAGAAACUGUUUUUGACAUUUAAGAAUAACUUUGAUGAAUGUAUCAAAACAAAGGACUUCAAGCCUCUGCUCCCUACAUUUUAUUCUUUACACACUUUGAUUCGCUUCAUAUCUCCCUUUGAGCUGCUUGAACUGGUAAAGUGGCUGUUCUCCAGGAUUGAUUUCCAUGAUGUGGCUUCUUGUCUGUCAUCAAAAAAUUCAGCUCUUUCUGUUGGUUUACAUAUUGCUGGUUGGGCUUUUGAUUUUCUGUUGGGGCACAUGUGGCAGCCAUUCUUAGAAAGUACAGAAUUCAAAAUCUUUGGUGGAAUAAACGAAAAAAGUUUUGACGUUCCCCUGUUUGAGGGAAUUUUUUUUCAAGUAUAUGGGAUUGCCAUUCAUUUUGAACUAGACGUUGCGAAUACAUGUCUUCUAAAAGCUGUUAAGGUUGUUAAAAAAAUGCAUAAAGUUAUGCCAAACCUGUGUCUCCACUCUAUUAUGGCUUUGUCAAGAGUUAUGGCAAGUACUCCUGUAACUCUGCUUUCUCAUUGCUUGCACAGGAUAAACAAAACGAAAUCUGAGUUAUUAUUUCUUAUUUCUGAAAUAAGCCCCCUGCAUCUAUCUAUCUUUGGACACAUGAUUGCUGAAAUACCAAAUAAACCUUUGCUUCCAAAGGCCAAGUUAAUGACAGAAACUUGUUUGGACCUAUUUUCUGAUGACGAAGUAGUAAUGCAUCUUCCCAUGGUCUUCUUGUUCUUAAAUUCAUUUGUUUUAAAAUUUGAGGGCCAGUUAUACAAGCACUUGGAAUAUAUAAUUUCUUUCUAUGGGAGGAGACUCUUGGAUGGUUUCUCAAACUGGAAUAGCUUUGUCUGCAAGGAAAUUUUUGAAAUAGGACUUGAUGAAUCCUUUCCUUUAUCGAAGGAAGAAUACUCGAAUCUUCUCUUCAAUAGUCUUCUUGUAAAAUCAAUUGUUUUGGUACAAGACUACCUUGUGUCAAGUGGGGAUUCGUUGAAGCUGGAAAGGAGAUUGACUCUGUUUGAUUCCGUCUGCCCAUGUGUGAGUGCAAAUGAUGAUCUGUUGGGCUGUGAUCGUGGUCAAAUUGAGUUUGAUUCACUUGAGCAAUCUUUAAAUUUUGUGAAUAGAGCUGUUGCGAAGAUAAAAUUUUGUAGGAUGCUAUUAUUUCCUGAUUACAAUCAACACCAGUCUUGGCUGUAUAAAGGAUUAACAAAGAUGAAGUUGUUCGAAGUUAACUCUGAUGCCCUAGAUAAGUCAAGAAUCCGGUUCGUAAGUUUAUUGAUUCAUUCCUGGAUGUUGCUUGUCAAGAAAUUCCCUGGAGACAUUGAUCAUUCCAAACAAUUAGAAGACAAGAACGUUUCUUUGUUAAGAUUUUUGGAAGUCUUCAUAAUAAGAACUGUUUCGGAUCUGACAGCAUCGAUGUGUGAUUACCUUAUCAGGUUGGAUUCUCUUGCAUUCAUAGAAUUAUUUGGCAAGUCAUUUCUUCUCUAUAGGUUUGAGGACCUUGCAACAAUGCAGACGCUGCGAAGUGUUCUUACUUCUUUAUCUCAGGGGAAUUUCUCUUGCAUUACACUACUCCAGCUUUUGCUUGCUCACUCCCAAUUCACGAAAACAAUUCAUUUGUCCUGCAAAUCAUACAGUUCUACUCAGUUUGGCUUGGUUUUUACUCCGAUGCAGAGCAUAUUAAGAUCACUUGUUAUUUCUCAUACUGAUGCGCUCAACAGAAGUAAUAUGACAUCAUCUCAGCUCAAUUUAAAGAAGCUAGAACUUAUUAAGUUGGUCAGGGUGCUUUUCCGCAUCAAUGCUCACCAAAGCGAAGUUAAUGGUGGAGGAGACACUGGCAUAAAUUCAAAGGAGUUGCUUUAUUUGCUUUUGUCUUCAUAUGGGGCAACACUUUCUGAAGUUGAUUUAGAAAUAUAUAGUCUAAUGAUUGAAAUUGAGUCUGGUGAUAAGUCAAGCACUGGAACUAUUGCUAAAAUGGAUUAUCUAUGGGGCAUUGUUGCUUUAAAAGUGAGAAAAGAAAGGGAACAGGACCAGGGCAUAGCUUUUUUGAACACGACUGAUAUUGAAGCCUUUGAAGAUCGCCGAAGAAAUCAAUUUAGAGAGAAUAUUCCUGUUGACCCAAAGUUGUGUGCACGAACCGUGCUUUAUUUUCCUUAUGAUAGAUCUGUCAAUGAGGUACCAAACAAGAGUAAAAAAGAUAACUUUCAAAACUUCCAUGAGGACUAUUCUGUGACCGUUGAUAAGAUGCAAAUGUACGAUCCUGUAUUCAUCCUGCGCUUCUCGGUUCACUGUCUGUCAAUGGGCUAUAUUGAACCCAUUGAGUUUGCUAGUUUGGGCUUGCUUGCAGUUACAUUUGUCGGUGUAUCUUCACCUGAUAUUGAUAUGAGGAAAUUGGCUUAUGAAGCACUAGCAAAAUUCAAAACUGCACUGGAGAAAUGUCGGAAGAGGAAAGAUGUGACCCGACUUCGGCUUUUAUUGUCAUAUUUGCAAAAUGGUAUAGAAGAACCGUGGCAGAGGAUUCCUUCCAUAACUGCUGUAUUCGUUGCAGAGGCUUCUUUUGUUUUACUGGAUCCAUCACAUGACAAUUAUUCUACCAUAAGCAAGAAUCUUAUGCAUUGUUCUAGUGCGAACAUGAAGACCAUACCAUUAUUCCAGAGUUUUUUUUGGAGUAGCUCUGUUAAUUUCAAAACAGACAGGCUAUGGAUACUUCGGCUUUUGUAUGCUGGGCUAAAUACAGAUGAUGAUGCGCAAAUAUAUAUCAGAAACUCCAGUUUUGAAAUGCUUAUGAGUUUUUACGGAUCUCCUCUUUCAGAUAACAUGUCAAAGGAACUUAUUAUUCAGAUUGUAAGGAAGGCUGUCAAACUACACAAAAUGACCCGGUUCUUGGUUGAACACUGUGGCCUGAUAUUAUGGUUGUCAUCUAUUGUCUCAUCAUUAUGCUGGAAAGAAUGCGAAGACAGGAAAAAUUGUAUAUUAACACAAUUGCCUAUAAUACUGGAGGUGGUAAAUAAUCUUACUUCAGCGAGAAAUAUUGUGGAAUGGUUGCAAAAGUAUGCUCUGGAGCAGCUUUCAGAACUUUCAUUUCAUUUAUACAAACUUUUAGUUGGUGAUGGUGAACUUGUGAAAGAGCAAAGCACAGUCAACUCAAUUCUGCAAAUAUUAACGUUAGUGCUGAAGAUAUCGCAGAAGAGGAAAGUAUAUCAACCACAUUUCACCUUGUCAGAAGACGGAUUAUUUCAGAUGUGUGAAGCUAUUGAUGUAUGCACCAAAAAGAAGCAUAGUCCUUAUGCGGUGUUGGGACUAAAAGCUGUGCUCAUGAGUAUUCCUCCGAUCACUAUUAUGGGCAUGGAUCAGGAAAAGCUGUCGAAAUUUUUAAGCUGGGCAGUUAAUACUGCCAUCCAGUCGGAGUCAACAAAAGAGCUCCAGCCUGAGGAAUCUGAUUACUGUAUGACAGCAUUGUCAGAGAAAGAAGAACCUGAAGAUUCUCUUGUAUCAAAGCUUUUGCGAUGGUUGACUGCUUCAGUGAUCCUGGGAAAGAUUUCAUAUAAAUUACGUAAAUUUAACACUGAUAAUUUUUUGGAGGGAUCAAACAUCAACAAUUUGCAGUCUCUGUUAGAAUGCCACGAGAAAGGAAUUGGAGAAAACGAGGUUGAUCAUAGCUGUCGAGAUAUAUUAGCUGCAUCAAUUUUUUAUCUGCAACAGUUGCUGGGCAGAAACCAUAGAUUGCUUCCAUCAGUUGUCUCUGCACUGUGUCUUCUGCUUCUUUCUGGUUCCUCCUCCAUAGAUAUGGAAUUUUCAUUUGGUCUUGGGAUAUCUUUGCCAUCGCUUUUAUCGAAGAUUCGCUGCCCUGCCGAAGCUAAUCCUGCCUGGAGCUGGUCAUUUUUCCAGCCGUGGAGAGAUCUUUCCUUUGAGGUCGACGGAGUGAAGAAAAUCGAUGAAAUUCAUUCCUGCGAACAACUUCUGAUUGCGGUUUCUUUAAUGUUUGAUUAUAUAAUGCAUCUGGAUAUGGGCAGUCUAUACAACUGA